UCUGUUACACAGUUUAUCUAAUUGAAACAGUACUGGUCUAGUUACAAAGCUUAUAUCCUUACAGACACCAGGGACAGCUUGCUAUCUUACUAAGUGGAUUAACCAGGCGAGCUACAAGACUGUAGCAUGCUAAGCUGUAUGUUGAAAUGCAUUUAAGUCCUUUUUGAAUGCAGUUAUUUAGUUUUUCAACAUUCCAGAAUCAACUGGUGGUCAACUGGAUGUUGGAUAGGAUGCAGGUAUUGAGUAAUUUCUAUCAAGCUCACCUAUUCCAUUGGUAUUAAGGGGAGUCACAACAAGUCAGUAAUGCCUCCUCCGGAUGCUCCAGGUUCUCACCAUUGGCCCCUGUCUGAGCUACUUGGUCAGCGGAGGCUGUUAGGGUUUACCAUUUUGCUGGCAUGGCUUGUCCUUUUCCAUCUGCUGGUGAAUGUGUGGCUGCUCUGCAUCUUCACCAGUCUCUUGGUGGUCCUUGGAGGUUGGCUAGGGAUCCGUGCUGCCCUCGACGCAAACAGCCUGCUCCACCUCGAACACUUCGUCCCCAUGGGAAGGCUCCAGUCGGCCCUGCACUCCCCUGAGAGCGAGUGGAGGCUGGACCACGAGAUCCACAACGCGGUCCACAAGGCGGUUCGGGACUUUGUCUCCUCGUGGUACCGCACCCUGGUGUUUGAGGAGGGGGGGGAGUUUGAGCAGGAGGUCCAGGAUGCCAUGCUGGAGUCUGUGAUGGAGCUGAAGGAACGAGCCCUGCGCGUGGACAGGAAAGCCCUUGUACAGAAGGCCCUGGAGCUAUGUGGCUGCCACUUGCAGAGCUACAUGACAGCCAGGGAAACGCAGGCGGAGGCUAACAAGCUCCAGAGAGAACGUAGCAGCCUGUGGGAGCUGUACAGCAAGGCAGACGCCCCCCACCCUGCCCUGAGCAGCCCGGCUACAGAGCUCAGCUACGCCAGGGCUGUGGUGAACCUCCUCCUCCAUGUUCUAGUCCCGUCCCCUCACCUGGAGACCAGGACGGGACGCUACAUGGUGGGGGAGCUCGUCACCUGCAACGUGUUGCUGCCUCUUGUCAGCAGGGUGUCGGAUCCAGACUGGCUGAACCUGACCAUUGUGGAAAUCUUCACCAAGUCACGAGAGCGACCGGGGCAAGAAGAGCUCUCUGGGACUCUGUAUAAAAGCCAGACCAGGCACGAGUCCUGGGCCACCUGUUGCUCAGACUCAACAACCUUAGAUGAACAAGACACCCCCAGCAAGAGUCAUUUUGACCUGGCAGGCGUUUCCUAUGACGCCAAUCCUCACGAGUCAUUCUAUAUGUCGCAAGGUUUGAAAGAAGAGGCUCUGCAGGACAGCAUGGUGAGUCUGGUCAGCUCUGGUAAAGGAGACAGCUGCUCCGCGGGGCUCCUCAGUCCCUGCCAAGCCAACUGCUUUUAUCAACAGACAGACUCAGACCAGGAAUCCCACUUACUGGAUUCCAAGAAGCACUCCUUCGACUCCCUUCUCCGCAUGGACUCUGAGGAGGACCAGGCAGACAGCUACUGCGAGUGCACUUCGUCCACAAACUUCUGCAGUGUGCUGGGUUUUGAGGAUGACCUGUCUGGAUGUUUUGGUCCCCUGAGGGCCCUUGGGACCAGGGUGACCGUGCCCGAGGAGCCUCACUGGCCGGCCGGCAUGGCGGAGGAUCUACCUGCGGUCUGCGCUGCAGGGGGCCUGGGCCUGACCCCCUUUAGCUUCGAGCCCCCGAUCAGCCUAGAUGGACCUGCCACCAUCCAGAACCUGCGCAUCUCUGGUACUGUCACUGCCAAGGAGCACCGUGGUACUGGUAACCACCCCUAUACCCUCUACACUGUGAAGUAUGAAACCCUUGUUGAUGCCGAAUGCCUGGGCGCUCUGCAGCCUGUUGCCUACCACACAGUGAAUAGGCGCUACAGUGAAUUCCUCAACCUGCAAACUCGGCUGGAGGUGAAGCCUGAUCUGAGGAAGAUGAUAAAGAGCAAAGAUAUCAAAGGCCCCAAGAAGCUUUUUCCUGACCUCUCAUUUGGAAACGCAGAUCUUGAGAAGGUGGAAGUUCGGAAGAGCCAGCUGGAUACAUUUCUUAAACAACUGAGCACCAUCCCAGAGACAGCCAACAGCGAGGAGAUGCAGGAGUUCCUGGCUCUCAAUACCGAUGCCAGCACAGCUUUUGAGAAGAAGCCCUUUGUCAUGUCAAGACUUGACAAGAUGGUGGGGAAUGCUUUAGACACCCUGAAGACCGCCUUCCCUCGCUCUGACCCCCUGAGCCCCUCUGACGACCUGGAUGGAGACAGCAGCUCUGAGAGCAGAGUUCCCCCAGACAGCAGGAAACCCAGGUCACGGCUCAGGUUCUCCAGUAAGAUCGCUCCGUCUCUCAACAUACCUGACCUGCAGCCCAAAGUGACCUACUCCUUCAGCGAAGACAGCACUGUGUUCAACGGCUUAUCCCUGUCUGGCCUGGAGAGCUUUGUUGGAGAGCAGGAGAGGCUCUUGAGCUGGCCUCCCGGGGCCGCGCCCGGGGAGGCCAGGAGGGCCAGCCAGCCGCCCGGGGCAGACCGGAGGGGAGGUGGGAGCUGGGAGAGGAAACCUCGGGGGACAGACACAGCCGUGGCAGAUGUGGCCCUGAACAUCCUGUGCCUGCUGAUGAGGAACCAGUGGAGCUGGCUGUGUACCGAGAACAUCCAGAAGACCAUCAGGCUGCUGUUCGGAACCUUCAUCGAGAGGUGGCUGGAUGUGGGCGUGGCCCACCUGACCAGCGCCCCCUGCUGGGUGAUCUACCUGCAGGUGAUGCAGGAGGCAGUGUGGCCCGGGGGAACUCUCCCCGCCCAGCCCCGCUCAGACCGCAGCCCCGCUCAGAGGGAGGAGACCAAACAGCAGUGUCUCAACUGUCUCCUGCAGCUGCUUCCAGAGUUCAUCACUGACAUGCUGGGGACAGAGAAGUACAGACAGAGCUUGGAGACAGUGCUGGACUCUCUGCAGGACUCCCACAUCAACAAGCACCUCGUCUACUGCGUCUGUGACCUGCUGCUGGAGUUCCUGAUCCCCGAGUCUUCCGAGGAGGACUUCCAGAGGUCUCUCCUGCACAGCCUGUCUGGGGACGUGGAGAGGGUGUCCGCCUCAGCGUGAGUGGGUGUGACCUGACAGCUCUCCCUCCUUUCACCCCAACAUCCUCUUGGCAACCCCCUUAUUUUAGAGUCUCUUUUGUCCGGAGUUCUUUCAUUAAACGAUAGACGAAGCAUGCACACCUGGUUCAGGGCUAAGCAUUGGGGUCAUAAUAUGGCUUUUGUGUCCAGCACUUGUUAAAGGAUUUACUCUAUCCCAGCAGUCCCUCUGAUAUAUCCUUCAACUAACCCACACCCCCCCCCCCCCCCCCAUCCCCGCCAAUGUGGACUUUCUCAUCACCGUGGUGACCAGGGCCCUGCCUGCUGGGUUCAUCAUAAUGGGGCUAGGAGUUUACUGGAAGUGCUGCUGACGUCAGUAUCGACCCUCCUCUCAGACGAUGAGAACUGAAUCAGAAGUUGGAAUUGCUAGAGGGAUAAAGGCUGACAUUGAAUGUAAUAUUUAAACUCAGUAAUGUUGAUAAUGUUAUUGGUUGUAUUUUUAUAUAGAAUAUUAUUUCUUCAUGUAUUUAUGUAUUUAUUUAUAGUAUUAUGAAGGCACAUUAGUGCUUAUCUGAACAUAUUUGAUACAUUGAAGGUGAAAGUGCUGUCGUUUUGGUACAGUAUGACAGCCUGAUUAAUGUAAAAACCUGAUGUUGAAAUAAGUUAAUAAGUUGUAAAUUAAUACUUGAUAUUCAUACUGUGAAUAUGAAUACAAUUAAAUAAAUCAAAAUAUACUUGAGGAUUUUGGAUUGACAGUUUUACUACCAGAGUAAGCCUGCUGUACAUGCAGGCUGCUGCAGUGCUGUUACAUCAGAAGGCACAUCUCUGUUCUCAGGCUUUCUACAGUGUUUUACUUCAUUUUACUAGCCUGUAAUUCAUCUAUUUUGGUAAACAAAAGCAGUGGUGAGUAUUCUACAGCCACCUAGUUGUAGGAGAUGAAUGGCCAGAAGGUAAAGUUGUGUGCAGACAUAACAGAAACCCAUCUCUGUGUUAUUAUUAAUAAGGUUAAACCAAAUGUGUCAGGCAACUAGUUCAUACUUUUGGCCUCUAAAAGUGGUUUUACCUAAUUCCUCCUGGAUGAACUCUGCUUGUGUUAACUGUUAAUGCUUGCUUUUGAUCAUACAACAUGGUUGGAGUGCAUCUGUUUUGAUACACUGUCAAGACUGGAGACGUUUCCACAAUUACGCACAUUCUUCUUCCUUCAGAUUGUUAUUACUACUUUGACUACCUGUCUUUAGGCUGAGCACUGAUUUGUCAGAUCAGUGACAAGCUAAAUGAGACAUUUAACCUUUCCCAGAACUGGUUUCUAUCUCUAAGAAAAACAGAGCAGUGUACAGUCCCACUCGUGACUCCUAAUGGUCCUCAGAAUGUCUCCAUAACUUCACUCCUCCAUCAAGACCCAAAAGUCUGUUGUGGCUCCCCAGUUUCCACGGCGUCUGGCUUGAAUAGUUUGGAGCCCACAUUGGAUGUAGUCGUGGCUGUCUGUCAAGCUGGGGAGACAAGCCAGCGCUAUGAGAUAAUCAAAUGGAACCGAAUUAGGCUUUAUUGUAUAAUCAUUCUUAUAUGGAUAGUUCUAAAAUGCCUUGGAAAGUAAUCCAAUUCAGCUGUUGUCAUCCGCUUGAUUACUUUGAUUCAUUUCCUAUGACUGUGUGUAUUACACAUACCAAAACAUACACACUUUACAGUCUGUACAAACACUAUGCUGUUAAUAUCAUCUUCAUGGUAAACAGUGUUUUGAAUUGAGCUAUUACAUCAUCGAAUAGCCAAAUCAAGAUGAA